AUGAAUACUACUACCUCUGCUGUCGCAGCCGCUGCUGCGGACCAGUUCCAGGCUUUGAACUCUUCCUCAUUGGGUUUCUUAAAGUUUCAUAUUCCUUCCAUCGAAAAUCCAUUUGGUAUUGAAUUGUGGCCGAUCUUCUCCAAGGUUUUUGAAUACUUCAGUGGCUAUCCAGCCGAACAAUUUGAGUUCAUUCACAACAAGACCUUCUUGGCUAACGGGUACCAUGCUAUCGGAAUCAUCGUCGUCUAUUACAUCGUUAUCUUCGGUGGUCAAGCUAUCUUACGCGCUUUGAAUGCUACCCCAAUGAAGUUCAAACUAUUGUUUGAAAUGCAUAACCUGUUUUUGACAUCUAUUUCACUGGUCUUCUGGCUGCUAUUGUUGGAGCAAUUGAUUCCUAUGGUGUACCGUCAUGGCCUGUUCUGGUCCAUCUGUUCCGAAGAAGCCUUCGCACCAAAAUUGGUUACUAUCUACUAUUUGAACUAUUUGACCAAAUUCUUGGAAUUGGUUGACACUGUAUUUUUAAUUUUGAAGAGAAAGAAGCUACUGUUUCUACACACUUAUCACCACGGUGCCACCGCUUUGUUAUGUUACACUCAAUUGAUGGGUCGUACUUCCGUUGAAUGGGUUCCAAUUUUAUUGAACUUGGGUGUUCAUGUUAUCAUGUACUGGUACUACUUCUUAAGUUCAUGUGGCAUUAGAGUUUGGUGGAAACAAUGGGUCACCAGAUUCCAAAUCAUCCAAUUUUUGAUUGACUUGGUCUUUGUUUACUUUGCUACCUACACAUUCUAUGCUCACAAGUACUUUAGUCGUAUCUUACCAAACAAGGGUACCUGUUAUGGUACACAGGAUGCUGCUGCCUAUGGUUAUUUGAUCUUAACAUCUUAUUUGCUCUUGUUUAUCUCCUUCUACAUCCAAUCUUACAAAAGAAGCGGCAAAAAGACUGCUAAGAAAGAAUCCGAAGUAUCUGGUUCCGUUGGAUCUGGUUCUUCUACUGGUGUCAAGACUUCUAACACCAAGGUCUCUUCCAGAAAGGCAUAA